GCACAAAAUACAACGUUUGACAUCCAGUCCAUUUAUAGAGGACAGUGUUUUCUAUAAAUUUCUCGUCAUGUUAUAAAAUAGUCGUCUAUUUACCUUUCCUUGUAUAAAAUUAACAAAAAAAAUUAUAACAAACAGUGCGUCUAACAGCAAGUCGUCUCACCGCCUCAUACAACAUGGACACACAGAAGGAGACAAAAGACGAGGAAGUUCAGACAAGCCGCGAAGAUGUAAGAAGAAAUCCUCUCACAGUUCAGAAAUCUUUAGAAAUAUUGGAGAUAACUGAUGAAGAUCAUGACGAUGUUGAAGUCAGUUUUGAGAAACCGUUCACAGAAUCUGAACAUGAAAACUAUAGAACACCGAACGAGAACUUUCUAGAACCUUUGAAUAAAGCUGUGACUGAACAAAUCGAUGAACUUAUUUCCAAACUAAGCGAUUGUAUUGAAGAGAGAAGAGACGAUUAGGUUUCUUAUUUUGUAUCGGCACUAAAUUUGUUUUAUAUUAUACAAACUUUACGGCGAUUUGUGAUAUAAUUAUUGACAGAGGAGGAGACCUAUAGGAAGGGGAGAUAUAC